AUGAUCCCCCAUUCCUCUGUCGGCGGUCAACCACGGAGUCACCCCAUGCGCGCAUUCAAUGGGGCCCCUGGACGGGCUGAUCUGACGCAGAUGGCUAGUCAGUAUGAUCCGCCGUCGGUCUCCUCGCAACUGCCCGUCGUCGACUUGACCGCCAGCGGCUACGAGUCGCAAGGUCAAGAACCGCCGUCGAAACGCCCCAAACUCAGUGUGUCGUCAGGUGGGGACAAUAUCAUGGACGCCAGCGCAGCCCUGAAGAGUGCCGACGGGCGGAGUACUCCCAGCAGUGCUAGUUCACGGCCUUCCAUAUCCUGGCGCGGUCGUCCAAUGUGGUCCUUUCAGGCCGCUAUGUCUGACAUCUCGGGGAAUGAGAAUCAAGGCGAUGGCUCGGCUGGCUCCAGGCCUUCGUCACCCCCACCGUUUCCUGCCCAACCGUGGGCCAAUACUCUUCCGGAACGUGCGGCGAAUACAUCUUCUAGAUCCCGCGAAAGCUCCCCCGUCGGGCCGGUCUCGACGGUACCAUAUCGUAUCGAGACGCCCUCGGCGGCACCGGUGAUCAAGGGCGAGAAAGUUGCCGAUUUCACGCCAUGGACCGGUAAUCACCCCGAAGAUGUCCUCAAUGCGCAUACCGCCAAAUCUGGAUACUACGAUCGCACUCAGGUUUCUCAAAACGAAUCUAACACCGCACGCCCUGCCCUAUACGGGCAGUUGAAACACCGGGCCGGGUUGCAGGUGUUGUCGUCCGUCUUCGCCGCCACCCUCGAGAAGCGUCGGAACCACAACACUAUUCAUGCCCCAUCGACCUUCAAACCACCUCCAAGAGUGACGCUCACCGAUAACAAACGCGAAGGCUGGCUCCGGGAUCUUGCCAAUGCUGCUGUACCUUUACGCCGAUUGAGCCGCACUAUUCCCCAUGGCAUUCGCGGCAAGGUGCUUCUGGACCAGUGCCUUGGCAAGUGGAUUCCAGUUGCUCGAGCUGUCUGGCUGGCGAAGUGUGUGGGUGCCAAUGAAAUUCGUGCGUUCAAGCGAAAAGGCACCAGUGGCGCCUUGGCCGUGGGGCUUGAAGCCAAAUGGGUGCGAGAUUGGACCACAAGUGUUCAACAAUUUGUCGAAGGGGUGUUCAGUUCUCCAAGGUCGAAUGACUGGAAAGCCAGAAUAACUUAUACGGUGGGAUUGACUGCUCGUCUCUUCUUUGAAAACCUUCUCGAUCAUGAUCAUUUCAUCGAGUGGUUUUUAUCAUCCUUUGAAUCUGCACCUCUCGCCACGAUCCCGAUCUGGCUUUUAAUGCUGGGCAUUUAUUGGAGGAGCAUCCUGCGAUAUCGGCGAAGAGGUCGGCGCCUAGCAGAGUUGCUUCUUGAGAAGUUACGCCAGGCCACUGCGACCAAAUAUGAUCCCCUUCAGCCACUCAUCGUCCGGUUGUCCCGCUUUAUUAAGAAGCUAGUUCAUGAGCAUACAUCAUCAAUGAUUCUGCCGAAUACAUGGGACACAUAUAAAAAUCAAGUCCGAGCCUGCCUUGAUCUCUCGAAUAAAGUGGACCGAGCUUUGUUCCAAAGCAUUGCGGAACGCAAUGCCCGAGUGCAGCGACCCCGGCUCUCGAAACCAACUAUACAGCGCCCUCCUCACCAACGUAUUAUCUCUCUCUUCGAUACCAUCCACUCCACCCAUGACAUCUCUGUUCUCUCCGUGGCUUGUCUGGAUGCUGUCGGUGACCGCACAGUCCUGGUCUCUAAGCUGUUUGAAUGGCUCGCCACUCCAUUCCGCCACGGCUUAUGUCGUGUCUACGUUGGCGUUCGCUUAAUUCGGAAAUGGAAAGCAGUGGGGAUUGACAUUGAUGAUCAUAUCCUGAGAUUCCUCUUUAGCCUUGGAGACAACAAGAAGCUCAACGUGGAUAACAUAUACCAUGCCAUCUCCGAGCUUGUCAGGUCACAGACAUUCUCAGUUGGCCGGUAUCUCCAGUGGCUUAUGGCCAGAGGUGUCACAAGUCGUUCUCCGAGCGAAACACAGACCGCGCAUGAAUUGCCGGUCGAUAUUGGGCUGAUCGCGCACCUCCCUGUCGGCCGUCUUCCAGAACACGUUGGCAACCUGCGCAGUACUCUAAUGGCACGCACUGGACUUGCCUUUUCGGACGAGACGUCCAUGAUCACCAGUGUUAGAGCUUUGGUCAGCCAGCGUCUGCCGUCUAUUUUCAGUGCCAGUAUGCAGCUGGAUACCACGCUCAAAUCAUUACCGUUGGAUCUGUCUUGGGCUGUGAAGGCCGAAAUUGGCCAGUGGUUACGACGCGGGGUCGCUGAGCAUACCCGCAAUGCUACGACUUCCACGACACGAGCCACGCUUCCUGGAAAUGCUGCCUCGUCCUUCUCUGCCCUUACGGCAGUUGAGUUCUAUAGUGUUCUGCUUGCGUCUGUCGCUGACACGACGAAUCGCCACUUCGAUUCUUUGUGCGUGAUUGGCGCAACAACGGAUCUGUUCCGUAAAUUGGUCGAUGCGUACGCUGGAAUUAAGCGCUUCGGCAUACCUAGUCUUGACCUCAUGUUUUCGUUGAUUGAGCUUGGUUUACGUAUUCCCAACGAAACCAAUGCCGUCACCUUCCUCCGCCAGGACCUCUCUCGUAUGGAGAACAAAUCGGUUAUGGCCGCCUCGUCCCCCGUUUCAGAUCAUAUCCCAGAUGACUUUGGUGAGGCUGACCCUUUGUUUCGCGAGAAGCUUGAUCAACUACUACUCUCCGGGAAUGUCAUGGACGAGCCCACUCUCGACACUCUCUUCAACACAUUGACGAAGCACUUGGAAUCCGAUGAUAGCAAGACCAAGUUGUCAGCGAACGACAUCUCCCGAUAUUUGGCACAGCUGCGCUCCUUCCAGCCAAAACACUUCGAUGGCAUUCUCGCCCGCUGGGUCUGUGGUCUUCUCAGAGUACCGGACCGGUCCGGUCUUCUUCGUGUUCUCCCACCGCUUAUUGGAGUCGGAUGUGUCACCAUUCGGUCCUUUUUGUCCCUUGUCAAGAGACUAUCUCUUUCUACGAAGGCUAUUCCCAAUGCCGCAGACCUACCUACAGACCUCGUCCAGCUCCUAGUGUUACACAACGAAGAAAAUAGAUACCUCGACCUAGUUUCCUACCGUUUCCAGUUGGCACAACAAGAGUUUCUUGCGAAAAAUUCCGAGGAGGCCCUCGCGCUUGUUUGCAAUGCUGCUGCAUCCCUCAAUGCCAGUUGUCCAAAGCCUAGCCCCUGGUAUCACCAACUUGAGGGCUCUAUGGUUAGUCUGCUAUGUGAGCUGCUUGUGCGGAACCCCGAAUGCGCGAGUCAGCAGUGUAUGCAAAAGCUAGCCGAUCAGUAUUCCGAAGCUAUGGGUAUUGUCCAAAAAGCACUGGAUCUGUUGUUGGGUGUCGAUUCUCAGAGCAAAGGCAGCUCGGUUAUUUCCGAGGUUGAAAAACUUGCUACCAUAACGGAUGACUUCUCGCUCCCGUUCUGCCGACUGAAGCUUCAGCUUCUCUUCCACGGGGAUUCCGCAGGUGAUGAUCGAAACAAUGUGGUGGAUGCAAUGUUCAGGACUAUUGUAGCUGAUUCUCGCGCCCCAAAACAUCAAUGGAUUGAUCUUAUCGGUCUCAUGAGUCCGGAAGCUACUCGUCAGAUUCGCGAGCGUGCUGAAAAGGAAUUCUUUGCGAUUCCGCUGUUCGAGUAUACGGUGAAUGAUCAAUCUACGUCUCCGCGACCUCAUGGCUCUUUAGAGGCAGCCAAGAUGUACCUCACAAUCAUUGAUGACCUUGCUAACAGCGUACCUGAGUCUGGAGCUCCUUCUACUGCGUCGAUUAUUGUGGAGAAGAUGGAUGCCCUUCUUCACAAGAUGAUCAUUGUUCAAUCGAAACGCAACAACCCUAGCGAUAAGCAGAACGAACAUGUUACUACCCAAGGGCGGUCCAACUUCGAACGAUCUCUUGCCUUCUGGUUCGCUGCUCUGCUGAGGAUGGUAGUUAUCCACCGUGCCUCUUUCAUGCAGCCAUCCCCGACACUGAAAAUCGGCACCUCGAAUCAACAGUGUCGUAUUUUGGUGUCGAUUUUCUGCAUCGCACUGUGCCGCCUUCCUGGCGAUGUGCUCCGCCAGUUCCCCGGCGCAGAUUACUUCCCUCGCCCUGCAGCGACAGAAGACUUUCGUCCUUGCCCAGGCAUCUUGCUGCAAACGCACGCUCUGGAUGUCGCCGCAUCACUCAUCGAUAUCUUUCCUGAUGAAGUCCGCCAUCAAUGCGGUCGCUUUUUGAAAGAAAAGUGUCCGCCCUUCAUCCCGCUCCAGAACGAUUCUCGCUUUCUCUACCUGCUGGGCCCAAUGUCCGAUUCGCACCCAUCCAGCAUUCUCCAGUCUGCCUCAGUGGCUUCUCCGGUGGCUUCAGCAUCUACCCCGACCCCAACCUCCACCACAUUCCCAGCCGCUGGUGCCUCAUCUCAGCAGACCGCUGGGCAGUCGAGUCAGUACAGUGGAUUCCCGGAAGGCUCGGACGGCGUAGCCAAUUGGCUUCAGCUUCAGGAUCGCGGCCGGCUCCUUGGUCCAUAUACAAUUCGCCCUUGGGAACUUUUGGAGGAUGCGGCUCCUUUCGUAGGCGUGAACGAUACCGCCGUGAACCUAGGCUAUUUUGAUGCACGACGAACGCGCGUCUAG